AUGGAACCAGAAGACGACGAAGAGCCGCCGCUCGCCGUCGCAAUCGACGACGUCGUUGAACAUGAGAUUCCACCGGUAGGCGUCACUGUCAUCACUGGCUAUCUCGGUGCCGGCAAGUCGACGUUGGUGAAUUAUAUAUUGAAUGGCCAACAUGGGAAGAGAAUAGCAGUAAUAUUGAAUGAAUUUGGGGAGGAGAUAGGAGUGGAAAGAGCAAUGAUCAAUGAAGGUGAAGGUGGUGCUCUUGUAGAGGAGUGGGUUGAGCUGGCAAAUGGAUGCAUUUGUUGUACUGUGAAGCAUAGCUUGGUUCAGGCACUAGAGCAACUUGUGCAGAGGAAAGAAAGGCUUGACCACAUAUUAUUAGAGACCACAGGGUUGGCAAACCCUGCUCCACUAGCAUCAGUCCUUUGGUUGGAUGAUCAGUUGGAAGCUGAUGUCACGCUUGACUCUAUUAUCACUGUUGUUGAUGCCAAAAACCUCCAUUAUCAGCUCAAGUCACAUAAUGACUCUUCUUCGUUUCCAGAAGCAUACUAUCAAAUAGCAUUUGCGGAUGUUGUGAUUCUUAACAAAGUUGAUCUUGUUUCUUCCGAUGAUUCUGGAGCUCCUUUAGAGGAUCUGGAAAAGGAGAUAUAUAAUAUCAAUGCCCUUGCCAGUAUUAUCCGUUCCGUCCGGUGCCAAGUUGACUUGUCCAAAAUACUGAACUGCCGAGCAUACAAUGCUACACAUGCGACUCAUUUGGAAGCAUUGUUGCAAGAAAAUAAAAAGCUAUCUACCAGAGAUCUUCACGACAGCAGUGUGAGAACUUUAUGCAUUUGUGAACCAAAGGAAGUUGAUUUUGAUAAGGUUAGGACAUGGAUUGAGGAGAUUAUUUGGGACAAGAAAUAUGGCAUGGAUGUUUAUCGGUGCAAAGGAGUCUUAAGUGUCGUAAACUCUGAUAAACUUCAUACUCUGCAGGCCGUGAGGGAACUAUACGAGAUUGUUCCAACUCGCAAAUGGAAAGAUGGAGAAAACAGAAUCAACAAAAUAGUUUUUAUAGGCAGAUUGCUAAAUGAAGAGAUUCUUAUGGACUCUUUGAGAGCUUGUACCUUGCCUUUCGGCUAUUUUCAAGAGGAUCUUGAGUUCGAUAGAAUGUAA